AUGUUGAUUAGACUCCUGUUUUUGUCUCUAUACCUUCUAUGCGCAGCGGCGGAGCAAGUUCGCAUCUCUCUUUACGAGCAGGUGGACGAGGGCCUCCCUUCACAGACACCUCGAGCCGAAAUCAUAUACGAUACCGUAUCUCAGACCGCGGAGACCAAAUGGGCGGCGCGAUUGUCUAGUAUUGAGGGCAAUUUGUACAAGCUGGGGCUGCUAGACGAGUCAGAGAAAUCGGUCAAUGGCGGAUUCAUCUCGCAGGCCGCACGAAAGCUGUUACACAAUUCCGAUGGCUGGCAGAACAUACAUGAAGAAGUCAAGGUCCACCUGGACAAGCAAGGCAAGCCAUGGAAAGUUGACUACGGAAUUUCCACGGGCUCAAAUCCGCCGACCGUGAUCAUGGUUCCUUACCAGCUCAACGGACCAAGUGUGUCGCUCAAGAAGCCCAUUGUUGCCCGUCCUGCUACUGCCGAUGGCGAAGAAGUGCCGGAGCCAGAGAAGACAUUCCUACAGAAGUACUGGCAUUACUUGGUACCGAUCAUCUUAGUUAUGCUGCUUACCGGCGGGGGUUCAGAAGCACAAGCUAAGUAG